AUGACCCAAGAAAUGCGCAUCUGUGUUGCCGACACUGGCUUCAUGAACGGUAUACUUCGGGCUACCGAGAGCCCUCACACCCUCCCAUGCAACUACAUUGAAACAUUAUCCCCCCUCUGUAACGACAGCGCCUUCAGUGUCGCGGACCAACCUCCUGCUGAGCUCGACUUCGAGGAGUGGAAGAAAUGGGGUCAUACAUGGAAGACGCGAUCAUGCCUCUUUGCGGAGGCUUCUUGCGGCACGCAGAAGUUAUGCAUCAAAAUGGCGAUCAACCUCGAGAAGGAGCAAUACAAAGACGACCCAGAGGAUUGUCUCGAGCCAUCCAACGUCGCCGUUGCCCAAUGUCUCUUGAACGAGUGGAGCUUCUACAACGACCGUCUCCGAGACCUGCAGGGCACUCUGGUUCCGCGCCAUUAUGGCCUGUGGACGUGCCAUUCGUCGUGGGGCGGGGUCGUCCUAUUCUCAAUUUUCGAAUGGGCGGGUGUAUCUGCGUAUCGACUCUUGCGACAGGACUGGAAAGACAGGGACACGAUGGACUAUCGCCUCGAGUGUGUUAGUGCUAUCCGCGAUCUCCACCUCAGUGGAAUCCUGCAUGGUCAGCUAGUCGGCUUCAAUGGAAUCCGGCAUAUUCUCUUUGAUCCGGAUACCAAGAAAGCCCGACUUAUCGACUUCAGCCACGCCAAAGUCGGCCACAAGUGUGAGAGAUCUACCUUCCCUACGGCGAGGGGCGACUACUGCGACCCGGGCUGCUGCAUGGAGAUUGGAUGGGUGUGUCGCAAUCUGAAUAUAUGGAGCCCAUAUCACUUCGCUUUCGGACCCGCCGACGAGGAAGUUGCAUGCGGCCCUGACGUCGCGCCUACAUCCGGCCAACAUGCACCCCACUCCCCUCAUAUCGCAGCGUCCGGUUAG